ACUGUAAAUCAACAGUCCCUCUGCUGCAUGAGCCAGCUCACACUCAUCAGACACACUCGUUCGUCUGUCCUGAUAGAGUUUGACUCUGAGGAAUCAUCAUCAUCAUCAUCAUGUCUUCAAACUCGAACCUCACGAGCAUGAGACGGACUGUUGAGCAGCUCAAACUCGAAGCCAGCGUGGAGAGAAUCAAAGUUUCUCAAGCCGCUGCAGAUCUACAGCAGUACUGCCUCCAGAAUGCCAGUAAAGACGCGCUCCUGGUCGGCGUCCCAGCUGGAAGUAACCCGUUUAGAGAGCCGCGCUCAUGCGCCCUGCUCUAGAGUGAAGGUACACGUUCAUGAGAAAGGAGGCGGAUCAAUGGAACGCUGAUAUUUUAUAUUAUGCAACAACAUGACAUGAAACAUCAUGACAUAUAUUGUGCAAAUUUGAGAAUACCAAUGCCUUAAAUUUCAUGCAUUUCUUUUGUAUUUGUCUUAUGUGUUAAAAUCUUCAAAUAUUCAGCUUUUUUGGUUGCAUGUCACUGAAUUUGAAAUUGAAGCAUUGAUUCAUAUGAUUUGGAUGUAUCUUUUUAUUACGAUAUAAGAAAUUAUUUAUUUUUCCCAAACAUUUGUCAAAUUAAGUGUGCUAAUUGUGAUUGUUUACUAGUAGUGAAUGAUAAAAAAUGCUAAAUAAAUAUCUAUAAGUAAAUAAAUAUCUAUUUCUAUAUCUGUUUAUCUAUAUAAUAUUUUUUAGGGCUGGCAAACGAUUAAUCACAUUCAAAAUAAAAGUUUGAGUUUGCCUGAUAUAUGUGUGUGUACGUUGUGUAAUUAUUAUGUAUAUAUAAAUACAGGCACAUUCAUGUAUAUAUUUAAGAAAUAUUUAAAAGUAUAUGUAUUUAUUAGAAUUUUUAUAGAACUUAUAUUAUAUAUAAAUAAAAAAUGUGUACAUAAAUAACAGAUUUCUCUUAAAUGUAUACAUUAAUUUGUGUGUAUCUAUAUAUACAUAAUAAUUACACACAGUACACUCACACAUAUUAGCCAAACUCAAACUUUUAGUUUGUAUGUGAUUAAUCGCGAUUAAUCAUUUGCCAGCCCUAAUAUUUUUAUUAUUUUUCAAAUAUAUAUAUAAAAGAAAGAUAGAUACAAUGUUUCAAAUACUUUGCUUUGAAAAUGCUGCAAAAAUUAAAGGUGUAUUUAGAUGAAAUCAGUAAAGAGGGUGUAAUUAGAUUGAACUUCCGCUAUUAAAAAGCACAAACUUUACAGGUUUAAAGGCAAGAAAAGAUGUGCUGAAGAUGAAGAAUGUGAUAGACUCGUUGUUUUUCUCUCAUGGGUAAAUAAAUGAAGUGUAUGCAUGAAAUGAACCGGUUGCUCUGGUGAUAAUCAGGUCAAUCUGGGUGGACACGAAAUGACUUCUGUGACGAUUAUGUCUGCGACCCAUCAAGCUACUCAUUAAUGAGGAACGGGACUCUCUAUCUAGGUUUGGGCAAAAAUAUGAACUGAAACAUGCAGGUUCACACAGUCAUGAACAGCCAGGAAAUAUCAGGGAAUUUUAUGGAGUUUCCAGUCAUUGAAGUGUAAAAGUCAUGGAAAUGUCCAUUUGUCUAGUUAUGCCCUGCUCCAUCAGUAUUUCCACAGUUUCAGUGAAAGGAAACAUCUACAUCCUGUUCCUUGUCGUUGCGUUAUUCUGGCUCUGAGAACGAGGAGAUAAACCCACUUCUGUAAUGUCUUUGGGAAUUUAUAUAAGCUCAUUGUUGAUCUUUUGUUCGUUCGGACCUUUAUGCAUUUGAAUAUUGUCCACAUUUCUCAGGCACAUAAAUGCAAAUUUGUGGUUGUCUGUUGUGUAACAGAUACACUCAUAUCAGCACAUCAACCAUGUUCAAUAAUAAAUAGUGUGCAUAAACACAAUCUGCAGUUCAUUUUAAGAUUUCUAAACUGGUCUUCAGUAUCACUUCCCUUCUCCUCAUGAGCAAGCAUUAUAAAUAUUUUUGCUCAAUUUUGUCUAUUUCCUCAGAGAAUAUUACUUCCGGGCACAGAUGAUCAGAUAACAACAUAUACAACACACGACACAUACACAAAACCUUUACUUUGGCUACUUUUACUGUUUCUGCAGUACUGUAUGCUGUGUGCCUUUGGGAAUCUUUAAAGUAAUACUACUUUAUUACUGUAAACUGCCUGUUAUUAAAAGUAGCAUGCAAAACAGUAUGAAAUAUGCAAUGAUCUGUAUGCUAGAUAGAUACAGCACUGUAAAAAGUUUUAGCCCCCUUCCUGUUUCUUGUUUUUUUUUUUGCAUAUUUGUCACACUUGAAUGAUUCAGAUUCAAGGGAAAAAAAGAUGUCCAAACCUGCCUGGCCUUACGCGAAAAUUAAUUGACCCUUAAAUUGAAUUACUGGUUGUGCAACCCUUGGCAGCAACGACUGCAAUCAAGCGCUUGUGAUAACUGGCAAUGAGUCUUUCACAUCGCCCACUCUUCUUUGCAGAAUUGGAGGGUUUUCGAGCAUGAAUGGACUGUCCAAUUUAAGUCCAGACUUUGACUCCAGCCAAUCCAAAACUUUAAUUUUAUUUUCAGAGGUGGACUUGCUGGUGUGUUUCAGAUUACUGUCCUGCUGCAUAACCCAAAAGCGCUUGAGCUUUAGGUCACAAACUGAACAGAAUUCAUAGUUCCAUCACUUAUGACAAGUCGUCAGGUCCUAAAGCUGCAAAACAGCCCCAAACCACCAUGUUUGACUGCUGGUGUGAUGUUCUUUUAAUGAAAUGCUGCACUGGUUUUACGCCAGAUGUAAUGAACACACCUUCCAAAAAGUUCAACUUUUAUCUCAUCAGUCCACAGAAUAUUUGCCCAAAAGUUUGAGGAUAAUCAGGAUAUUUUUUGGUAAACGUGAGACAAGCCUUUGUGUUGUUUUUGGUCAGCAGUGGCUUUCGUCUUGGAACUCACCCACUUCAGUCUCUUUCUUAUUGUUGAAUCAUGAAUACUGACCUUAAUUGAAGCAAGUGAGGCCUGCGGUUCUUUAGAUGUUGUUCUGGGUUCUUUUAUGACCUCCUGGAUGAGUCGUCAUUGCGCUCUUGGAGUAAUUUCGAUAGGCCGGCCACUCCUAAGAAGGUUCACCACUGUUCCAAGUUUUCUCCAUUUGUGGAUAAUGGCUCUGGCCGUAGUUCGCUGGAGUCCCAAAGCCUUAGAAAUGGCUUUGUAACCCUUUCCAGGCUGAUACAUGUCAACUUGUUUCUCGUCUGUUGUUGAAUUUCUUUAGAUCGUGGCAUGUUGUGUUGCUUUUGGAGAUCUUUAAGCAUGCUUCUCUUUAGUCAGACAGGUUCUAUUUAAGUGAUUCUUUAUUCAACAUUUUUGGCAGUAUUUGUGGCUAGUGAAGUUUAACUCAGCUUUCUAAAAUAAUGUGGUUAAUCACAGUUCUUUUAUGAUUUAACAGGAGGGGACAAUUCAUUUUUCACAUAGGGCCAGGUUGGCCAGCUUUUUUCCAUUAAUAAAUGCAAUCAUUUAAAAACUGCAUUUUGUAUUUACUUGCAUUAUCUUUGCGUAAUAUUAAAUUUGUUUAAUGAUCUGAAUCUAUUAGGUGUGACAAAUUUAUGCAAAAUAAAAAAAUAAAGAAAUAAGUAAAUAAAUAAAUUCACAGCACUGUAUAUAGAGGCCCAAAAAUAUUUAGACAAUUCAUGUGAAAUUCAUUGUAGAAGAAAAUAUCAAAAGAAUUAAAAUUUUAAAGGAUUUUUUUUUUUACUGGGAACUAACUUCAUUCACAUCAUUUUUGCUCAGUGAAUUAAUUACAUCAUCUAUGAACAUGUUAUUGCAAGUUAUCACAAUUACGCUUGACCAAAAAGUGAGCUUAUGCUUUUUUUUUUUUUUUUUUAAUUAACGACACUGAUAUUUUUUGUUAUUUAAUGACAACCAUACGUUAAUAAAAGGGCUUUUAUACUUAAAGCACCAGUAAAUUCAACAAAAUUUAUUUGGUAUUUUUGUGGUGUAAUUGUCAUGUAUCCUUUUUGUCAUUGUGUGUUUGUGUAUGUUGUGAUUCACCAUGUGCUCCCUGGACCCAGCCCUCUCGUUACCCGAGUCACGCCUUCCUUGUUUCGCCCUGAUUGUUUCAUUGUCAUCACCUGUGUAUGUACUGAUUAGUUUGUGUAUUUAAGUUCCACCUUGUGUUUAGUUCCUUGUCUGGUCAUUAAGUGUUUGUGGUUGUGUGUAUCCUGUGAUUCUACGUUUCUCCAGAGUAUUUGAAGUAUUUACUUAUUAAAUGUCCUUGUGGAAUUAUC